AUGGCUAAUAUGUCGCAGUUCAGGUUGAAUGUUCCUAACUUGGGCCCUGAUAUUAUUGGGCCUCCGAGCAACCCUAAGAAAAGACGGAAAAAUAAUCAAUCACAACCCAUCCAAGCGCCCCCUAAUGUGCAGGAUUUGCUACCGCCCACUCCUAGCGGAUAUGGAGACACGAUUGUGGCAAGCAACCCUUUCGAUGACUGUCCCAGCUCUGUUAAUAGCAUGGGCAUGAAUAGGGGCCCUCAAAUGGGGCCCAUGGGGGGACCAAUGGGUAUGCCCCCUAAUAUGACUUGCGCGAUGGGAAUGGGAAGACCUCCAAUGGGAGCAGUUCGCAUAGUUCGUUUUCCGGGCAUGGGUCCGAUGGGUUCUCCUAUGAUGCACAGCCCAAACGCUAUGGGCAAUCCUAUGAUGUCGGGAGGGCCCCGAAUGGGCGGUCACAUGGGACCAGGACCAGGCCCUCAUGGCGGUCCCCAUAUGCUGAAUAGUCCUAACGGGCAUGGACCAGGGGGGCCCAUGCAUCCUGGCAUGACAGGUCCUCCAAUGCAUAGUCCCAUAGGUGGCAUGGGGUCGAUGCAAGGUCCAAUGGGUCCAGGUUGCGGCCCGAUGGGCGGCCCAAUGGGAGGAGGACCUAUGAACGGGCCAAUGAAUGGAGGUGGCCCCAAUAAUCAAAUGAAUGGCCCCAUGAAUGGUCCAAUUAACGGUCCCAUGAGCGGCCCCAUGAAUAAUCCGAUGAAUGGGCCUAUGAACGGACCGGGGCCGAUGGGGGGACCGCACGGGCCCGGGGGGCCGCACGGAGGGCCUGGAGGCGGCAUGGGACAUAUGAAUGGGCCUAAUGGGCCGAUAGGUUCUCAACAUAGGUAUCAGUUUUCGGAACUGAAUUUGCACUCAUUUUGUUCAGGUCCUCCAAUGAACAACAAUAAUUUUAUGAUGUCCCCUAUGAACGCCAUGUAUUCCAAACCGAUGCCAGUCAGUGCCGGAAAAGUGUAUCCUGCCGAUCAGCCCAUGGUUUUUAACUCCCAAAAUCCGAAUGCGCCACCGAUAUAUCCAUGUGGAAUAUGCCAUAAAGAGGUUCAUGACAACGAUCAAGCAAUCCUUUGCGAAAGUGGCUGCAAUUUUUGGUUCCAUCGAGGCUGUACUGGAUUAACUGAACAUGCGUUCCAACUGCUUACCGCGGAAGUCUACGCGGAAUGGGUGUGUGAUAAGUGCCUGGCUACCAAAAAUAUACCCUUGGUAAAGUUUAAGCCUUAGUAUCCUAUUUUCGUGCGGAGCGUAUAGGAUAUAAACAAUUCGGUCCAUUUGGAAAUGUGAAGCGAACAUGUUUCAAAGCGGAAUCUAAUCUAAUCCUGGCCAGUUGCGUUAUGAAGCUUCAACAAAGAUUGAAGAAGAAGAAACAAACUUGAAUGUGUACCUCUAUAAUUAUUGUAAAAGAUAAGCAAUAGUGAUCUGAAGUUUAUACAGCGAACGUGCUCAUUUAGAUGCGGGUUGCUGCGUUCGUAUAUACAAUAUUUAUUGUAGUUAAUAUGCAAAGUUUUUUUUUAACUCGGUUUAUAUAAAGUUAAAGAUGUUAUGAAAUCAAACUUUCCAAUGAAACAAGUUUCGAAUGGCUUUGUACUAUUUUUCAUAGUAGCUUCUGUUUUAUAACCAGUCUUCUUCCAGUCAAAUAACGAAAGUUAAAUAUUUGUCAAUUUUUUUGUAUAUGACUACUUUGAAAGCGUCUAAAUUAAAAGUAUUUUAAAAUAGAGUCGAAAAUAUAACAUCUAAUUGUAUAAACCGUGGUUUAAAAAUCCUACCUACUAUCGGCAGAUAGUUUUGUUGCCAUUAUUACUAAUUAUAAUAAGUAUCCAAAAUACCCAUCUAGACUUAAGAUUUGAAAAUCACUCGAACUAGAUAGUUUGUUAAUUGGUUCGGGUAAUAAUUUCCUUCGGACUACAACAGUCAAUUAUGUAGAUGUUGGAAGCAUGUGAAAAUCGUUAUUAUUCUGAACAGAGACAGGAAUUACAUAAUUUAACUCCUGUAUAUGAUUCAAAUGCUUUCCACGCUCAGCUCUUUAGCUUUAAAAACCACUUUUCGUUCUACCCUUUUAUGUACCUUUAAUAUUUUUUAAGGCAGCAUUUUGUUUUCAAUACUUUAACUUGUAGUCCAAUUUUCUUCCAGUCCUCUAAGAAAAACAUUUUUCAGGCUGUUUUCAACAAAAUUAUAAUUUUGUUUUACACAAAUGUGUUUUUCCGUGCAAGACACUUAAUGCAAUAAAAGGUAAUUUACUCCUUGAGUAGUAGACUUACUAGUUAUUAAUUGAGCAGCUUAUUUUUAUGAAUAUUUUACUCUAAUUUUUUACUACUAAUCAGGCAGAGGGAUUUUUGCUUAAUAAAAUCGAUUAGGUAGGUAUCAGCCAUGAAACGGCAUAAAACGUCCGGACUAUAAAAACUACUUAAUUGUUUUAACUUAAAACUGUUUGCUUCGUUUGCAGAAUCGACAUCUUAUUUUGCCUAUCUGGGACCAAUAUUUUAAUUUUAUCAGCCCUAAUUUAUUCAACUGCGUUUUCGUAUCUAACUAAAUUUUCUCUCUAUUGUGUGAAUGUUUUUUUAAGUUCCAGUUUCUUGACCGAUAUGCCUGAUGGUUGAUUUUCUUGGGAAGACCGCCUUGCCCAGACCGGUUUCCCAAGAAAAUCAACCAUCUUGCAGUGAAUGUUUUUUUGUUAAUUAACUUGUAUAUAGCAAUAUUAAUAUGUAUAUGUAUAAGUCUUUAAAUUAUAUGCUACAGUCUGUAUAUAAUUAUAUAAUAAGGUAUCCUUGAGCUAUAGAAUAAUCAUAGAACGUAUUUAUAAAUAACUCAACAUAUAUUAGAAGCUAUAAAGGCUUUCAUGGCCUUUCACCGAAAAUUUUUCAACAAAAUACAUAUAUUAUGAUCUUUUGGCCUCAUAUUUGUAGCAAAUGCGAUUGUAUAACAUUUUGUAUAAAGUAGGGUAUGAUUUAAAAUGAAUAACCUGAGUUAUA